CUAUUAUAUGUUAUAUUAUACAUACAUAUAUAUACAUAAUGCCAUAAUAAAUACAUUAAUAAUAAUAAUAAUGAAAAAGGUACAAUUUUUCUAAAGUGGGUAAUUCAUAUAUUUUAUUCUUCUUAGGCCUCCAUUGAAGGACAGUUCAGAUUUGAAAAUUCAAAGGAUUAUUGGUUCUUUUUUUGGGCAAAGUGUUUUUUAGUACAUUUGGUUAAUGGUUGAGGAAAAGUAUAAAGGAGAGAUUUUUGAAGGAGGUUUGGCCUUGCCAUGGCAUCAACUUCUAGUGGUAACAAAAUAAAUACUUCUUUGCCUUUGAUUGUUAGAGAAGAUGUUGUUAGGUAUGAAGAUGUUGCAGUUGAUCAAAAACUCUUUAUGGAUACUUUGGAGAAACUUCAUUCCUCUAAUGGAACUAAGUUCAUGAUUCCAGUCAUAGGUGGGAAAGAUCUUGAUCUGCAUAAACUUUUUCUCGAGGUAACUUCGCGAGGCGGUAUUGACAAGAUUAGUAAUGACAGAAGAUGGAAAGAAGUAACUGCGGUUUUCAACUUUCCCUCCACAGCUACAAACGCUUCAUUCGUGCUGCGAAAGUACUACAAUUCACUGCUACGAAACUAUGAACAAAUUUACUACUUCAAUGCAAAAUCAACUCCUUUCUGUGGUGCUCAACGUGCAGAAUCACAAUCACCAAAAUUCCAAAUUCCUAUGUUCCAGCAAGCGCGUUCAAAUGAGGCCGAAUUUUCUGAAGCAAGAACACCAUCCUCAUCAGCUUUUUCUAAUGUAACCGGUGUCAUUGAUGGUAAGUUCGAAAGUGGAUAUCUUGUAUCCGUUGUCAUAGGCUCCAAGCGUCUAAAAGGCGUGCUCUACGAGUCUCCACACAAUCCAUCUCCAAUGCAAAUACCACGACGAGUAGUAAAUCAACCAACAUCCAACAAAAAUGACAAUGCAGCUGAAUCUGUUGUGCCUGUUGUUCGCCGACGUAGACGCAGGAAGAAAUGUGAGAUCAAAAGGAGGGAUCCCGCUCAUCCAAAACCGAACAGAAGUGGUUACAAUUUCUUCUUUGCAGAACAGCACGCGAAAUUGAAACCACUUCACCCCGGUAAAGACAGAGAGAUUAGUAGAAUGAUUGGCGAAUCAUGGAACAAGUUAAAUGAAACCGAGAAAGCUGUGUAUCAAGAGAAAGCUGUGAAAGACAAGGAAAGAUAUAGAAGAGAAAUGGAAGGUUAUAGGGAAAGAUUAAGAACAGGUCAAGUGAUCAGUCAUGCAAUUCCUCUUCAACAACGAUUCCCCGAGCCUCGUGCUACUAUCACUACUACUGCUGCUGCUGCUGCUAGUACUGUGGAAGUAAAUGCAAAUAUUAAUGAUGAGACUGAGUGUGGAGAGUCUCAAACUUUAGGGAAUGAGAGUUGUUCAAGUAAAAGUGAUUCUGAAGUUGAUGUAGAAGAAUUUCAAGAGAUAGUAAUGGAUACUAAUUCUAAUAUCAUUGGCAUUGGGAAGAUUACUCAUGAUCAUGAUCAUGGUCAUGAUCAUGAUGAGCUGAAGAAUACUCAUGAUGAUGACAAAGCUGCUGAGAUUAAAGAUCUAAACUUUGGACUCAAAGAGAAGGAGACAUAGAAGGAAGAAGAAUUUCAUAGAUUUUUAUCAACUAAGUUUAAAUUUUUCUUUUUCUUUUUUUGGCAUUUAAUAUUAUAGCUUUAAUUAGAUAUUUAGAUAUAUGACACAAUGAAGAAGUAACCCUUCUUCUUCUUCUUCAUUAGGUGUAAGUAAAGGUGGUUUAUUGUCACAAUUGGAGGAAAAGUUUUAGAAGACCUCAAUUUUGUAGUGACAAGUUUUGGUAUGUACUUGGUACUAUGGUCUAAUUAUAGUAAUGGAUAAGUUUCUUUUUUCUAUUAGCAA